AUGAAACUCUUGAUGAGUGACCAUCAGGUGGAUUUAAUCAACGAUAGCAUGCAAGAGUUCCAUGUAAAAUUCUUGGGACCAAAGGAUACACCUUAUGAAAAUGGCGUUUGGAGGUUACAUGUAGAAUUACCGGAUAAUUAUCCAUACAAGUCGCCAAGCAUAGGGUUCGUCAACAAGAUAUUCCAUCCUAACAUUGAUAUCGCAUCAGGGUCUAUAUGUUUGGACGUAAUUAAUUCUACAUGGUCACCUUUAUAUGAUCUGAUAAAUAUAGUGGAGUGGAUGAUACCAGGUUUAUUAAAGGAACCUAAUGGUAGUGAUCCCUUGAAUAACGAAGCUGCCACAUUGCAAUUACGAGAUAAAAAACUGUAUGAGGAAAAAAUCAAAGAGUAUAUAGAUAAGUAUGCUACAAAGGAAAAGUACCAACAGAUGUUUGGCGGAGAUAACGAUAACGAUGAUAUUGAUAGCGAGGGUGACUUACAAGAAGAGGACAGUGAUUCCGACGAAGAUAUGGAUGGUACUGGUGUUUCCAGUGGCGAUGAUAGCGUAGAUGAGUUGAGUGAGGACCUAAGCGACAUUGAUGUUAGUGAUGACGAUGACUACGACGAGGUUGCAGUUUAG